GGCACACACGCGCGCGCGCGCUCACGCUCUGACGAGGGAGGGGGGACGGCGGCGCUGGCGUCGAGAGGCGGCUGUGGUAAAGGCUGUGGUAAAGGCGGAGCGGCCUGCGCUGUCUCCUCACAGUUUUCUCCCUAAUCUUCGUGGGUCGCCUUCUCCUUCGUCGUGUAGAGAAGCCGAGGAAGGGCCCCACCGGGCCAGGCCCUCAGCGGAGGGGACGCGGUUUACCUCAGACCUGCUUCUCUCUCUCUCUGUCUCUCUCCUUCCGCACAAAGGAGGAUGAAGGCCCCCCGGCACGGAUUUAAAGAAAUAUGCAUUGUUACAAUUUUGUUCUGGAAUUGUUGAAGUGGAAAUACAGAUGAAACCAGUUGACAUAAUAUCAACUGUAUAGCAUUGUUUCAUUCAUUUCUCCAAUAAAAGAAAACAAGGUGGAAUAAUUAAAUCAUUGAUUUAACUGACCACUAAAUCUUCUAUCAAAUUUCGCCAAAAAAAAAAAAACCAUCUUAAAAGUUGUCAAGAAACAAGGCAAUUUGCCAAAGUUGACAGGAAGCAGGAAGGAUUUAAAUGUGAACAAUGAUUUGUCUAAAGGUUUACGUCAGAUUGCUGGGGUUUUGUGCAUUCAUCAUUUUUCAAGUUCAAGGACAGAAUUUGGACAGCAUGUUGCAUGGAACAGGGAUGAAAACAGAUCCUGAUCAAAAGAAGCAGGAAGACGGUGUAACUCUGGCUCCAGAGGACACCUUGCCUUUUUUACAAUGCUACUGCUCAGGGCACUGUCCAGAAGAUGCAGUUAAUAACACAUGCAAAACAAAUGGACAUUGCUUUGCCAUCAUUGAAGAGGAAAAUGGAGAAAUUAUACUGGCUUCUGGCUGCAUGAAAUAUGAAGGUUCAGACUUCCAGUGCAAGGACUCACCAAAAGCACAACUACGGAGGACAAUUGAAUGUUGUCGGACAGAUUUCUGUAAUCGAGAUCUGCAGCCCACCUUGCCUCCCCCUUCUUCUUCCGAUGGUUUCUUUGAUGGCAGUAUACAUUGGAGAGUUGUGCUUGUUUCUAUGGCAGUCUGUAUAAUAAUUUUGAUUGUCUUAUUUUGCUGCUACAGGCAUUAUUGUAAAUGGGCAGCAAAAAGACAGUGUUACAAUCGUGAUCUGGAACAGGAUGAAGCCUUUAUUCCUGUUGGGGAGUCUCUGAAAGAUCUUAUUGACCAAUCACAGAGUUCUGGCAGUGGUUCAGGACUUCCACUUUUGGUCCAACGGACUAUUGCUAAACAGAUUCAGAUGGUACGACAAGUUGGAAAAGGUCGAUAUGGUGAAGUCUGGAUGGGUAAAUGGCGAGGUGAAAAAGUGGCAGUGAAAGUGUUUUUCACCACCGAAGAAGCCAGCUGGUUUCGAGAAACUGAGAUUUACCAGACAGUUCUCAUGCGUCAUGAGAAUAUACUCGGCUUUAUAGCAGCAGAUAUUAAAGGCACAGGCUCCUGGACCCAUCUAUACUUGAUUACAGAUUAUCAUGAAAAUGGAUCAUUGUACGACUACCUAAAGUGUACCACUUUGGACACCAGAUCUCUACUCAAACUGGCUUAUUCUGCCGCAUGCGGUCUUUGCCAUUUACACACAGAGAUAUAUGGCACACAAGGCAAGCCUGCUAUUGCCCACAGAGACCUGAAGAGUAAAAAUAUCUUGAUAAAGAGAAAUGGGACCUGCUGUAUUGCUGACUUGGGUCUAGCUGUCAAAUUUAACAGUGAUACAAAUGAAGUUGAUGUCCCUUUGAAUACAAGAGUGGGAACAAAGCGUUACAUGGCACCAGAGGUCCUAGAUGAAACUCUGAAUAAAAACCAUUUCCAGCCAUACAUCAUGGCUGACAUCUAUAGCUUUGGCUUGAUACUUUGGGAAAUGGCUCGGCGUUGUGUCACAGGAGGAAUCGUUGAAGACUAUCAACUCCCCUACUAUGAUAUGGUGCCAAAUGAUCCUUCAUAUGAAGAUAUGAGGGAGGUGGUGUGUGUUAAGCACCUGCGCCCAGUAGUAUCGAAUAGAUGGAACAGUGAUGAGUGCUUAAGAGCAAUAUUGAAAUUAAUGUGUGAAUGCUGGGCCCACAAUCCUGCCUCCAGACUUACUGCGUUGAGGAUUAAGAAGACCCUUGGCAAGAUGGUAGAAUCACAAGAUGUUAAAAUUUGACAAAGAAAGGUCACUGAAGAGUGAGCUUUGGACUCCUAGAGCUGUUCACUCAAGCAGAUAUGUAGGUCUGGUGGAACGGAAUGGAGUGGAGUAGCAGCUGAGUUUUAGCCCACUUCCUCGCCACUUUUACAGGCUGCUAAUAUUAAGUCUUUCAGUACUUUGUAAGAUAUGGUAUCUGUGUACACUAUAAUGGUACACAUGUUGAUAGCCUCAUUUUACUUCUUGAUUUGAGCUGCAUUGAGAUUUUAAUCAUACUUUCAAACACUUCUGGAGUGCCGAAUUGCAUAUUCAAAUUAUAAUGCUUUCUGUGAAAGCCUUAAGUUAAAGAAAUGCAACUGCAGUGGAGAAAAAUAAGCUUUUUUGCCUUCUACCUGAUGAUACCUUACCAAGUCUUGAUGGAGUAGCCUAUGGUUAUGAGCCUGGGGUAUUGCAUAAUUGAAAAUCCCUCAUACCCUUCAUGGUUUUGUGUGUUGUGUGUGUGCGUGUUUACACAUGCGCCAAAAUUGUUCUCCUGCCAUUGGGAAUACUAAAGAAGCCAUUUAAUUUUUGUGCAAAGCUGUCAUUUGAUUCUGUAAUGCCUUGGCCCUGAAGACUGUUUUCAAAGAAAAUUUUCAAAGAACAUUGAGUUCUUAUGUUCUUUUAUGCUGUGUGGAGGAAAUGUAUGUUUCAUGACCAAAUUCCAAAACUUCUUCUGUAAGCCUAUGCAGUAGGUCACCUUCAAGUCUGUGAAGAAGAGGUGAUAACAUACACCCUAUGAACUUCCGAAGACUGAGCACACAACAUGGAACAACUGAACUUCUUUGAUAAUUUAAGUGCCUGUAAUCUUGUACUGUAAACUGUAUCUUAGCUAGCUUUAAAAAGGGAAGUUAUUUAUAUAGUGUUUAAUGUACUUUUAAUUGCUACGUACCUGCUCUUUUGUAAAUGUGUAAACAUACGAUACCAGAUCUGAAAAGAACCUAAGAAGUAGUUUUGUUGACAUUGGAUGAGAUACACACUUGCUGAAUGUGACAUGCAAAAUUGUUGGAUAGUCUGUCAAAGUAUGUGCAUGGAUACUACAGAGAUAUUUAAAUUUUCCAUUUACAGGCCUUCAGUAAGAAAUGUAAUCCAAUAGUAGUGCGACUUGAAACAACAAUCAGAUGUGUGGGUCUAGUUUUUAAGAAAAUGUUCUAUAGGUUGCAAAUGGUAAAUGGUCAGGCAAUAUAUUACAGUAUUUGUUUUUAAUUUAUAUCGGUGUACAAAUUUUAUUUAACGUUUCCUUAAGUCAUUGCUUUUUCAGUGAUGCCUUUUAAGUAUUAAUACAUCUCCAGCCGAAACGUUCAUGAGUGCAUAAGCUAUGGUUUAAUUUAUUUUGGUGGAGAAUAUUGUGCCACAGAUCAUGUUAAAAGUUUUUCAUUUAUCCGUCCAUUGCUAGGAAGUUGAUCAGGCUGAUUAUAUGUAUGAGACCUAUCUCUUACUUUGCUUUGCACAGGUUAUUGGUAAAGAUUUGACUAAAUCACCAAAUUAUGGCUUUGAACCAUUAGCUUCCUCCUUUGUGCUUUCGCAGCCUCUUUUUCCACCAUUUGCCAGCAUUCAUGUCAACGUUUUGAAGUUGAUUACGGACCCCUUACGUGCCGUAAAGUAUUUUAAACAGAAUGUUUUAAAAUGCACUCAGACCUGAUGGAGCACAAGCCAGACGUGUUUUGCCUCACUGUUACUCUUCAAGGCUGAGUACAUAGCCAAAAACACUACUCAGUUCAUGGAUCUGUGCAGCUCCAUGGUGACUUUCCAGGAAGGAAAGAAACAGUUGUAAUCAAUAGACAUAAACAUAUUGCUGGUCCCUGGCACAUUUAGGAAAAAAUCCUGCUGGUCCCCUGCGUCAGAUAAUGUAAGAAUCACUGCACUAGGACACACUUCAUUCCCUAGUAUGACUCAGUAUUUCCAGGCAAAAGCAGUAAAGGUGAAGCAUUCUCCUGGGACUGUCUCCAUUUACUGGUGGUCUUGAAAAACCUACCAUUAUGAGCUCAUAAAGAAGCUUGGUUUCUUGAAUUAAGACGGUAGUAUGGAGGCUAAGAACUUUUCAUUUUCACCUAUUUGUAUGAGUUUUCAGAGACAUUUUGGUGGAAUAUUUUCCCCAUCUUCUAAAAUAAAAUACAGUGCCUGUGUUCUUUUUUUAAAGAGCCUUGUAGGUUGUGUGGUUUUACAAGUAAAUUCAUUAUGUGCUGAAACUUUUUUUAAGUGUUGGAUUGAGACUUCAGAAUAAAAUGUACCUGGUUACCAAUACUGUAUCAGAGCCAUUAGCCAUAGAGUCCAUAGACAUUGCACUUUCUACCAUGCCGACAAUCUAUUGCAUGUAUUGUCGAAGGCUUUCAUGGCCGGAAUCACUGGGUUGUUGUAGGUUUGUUCGGGCUAUAUGGCCAUGGUCUAGAGGUAUUCUCUCCUGACAUUUCGCCUGCAUCUAUGGCAAUCUAUUGCAUCUCCUCAGUAUUUUCUUGGGGCACUUUAAUAUACAGUAUAGUGAGUGGCUCGUAUUUCAGAAUGCACUGCAUUCUGUAUAAAGGCAACCCAUCUCUGGCAGUUUUUUUCUUUACUGGAGGCACCAGAUUCUUCAACUCUAUCCUUAUAGAGAACGUGAAUACUGUCUAGCAAGAGUCUUUCUCACUCUUGCUGCUAAAUUGUUGCCCCUGGUUUCAUCGUGGCAAUAAGAGUCAAAAUUCAUUUACUAAAGUUGAGCUGUAUAUUCCCUCUUUCAUUAUGAAUAUUAAUUCCAAUCCUCCCCUCUUCCCACAUUUUUUGCAUGCUGCUCUGGCCAAGGAAUUGUGGAGAAAAGGCUUUAUUCUGUAUAAUUCGUGCUACUAAUCUUUCAGGGUUCCGUUUGUCAUAUCUCACACUUCCCUUUUAGUUUCUUAGGCCCAUUUAUGAAUACAAGCAACUUAUAUGCCUUUUCUGGAGUAGGUAAUAAAACACCCCUAUAGAUUACUCAGAUCUUACUAGCAAUAGAGUAAGAAAUUAAAAUGUUGCAUUCUUUUGCAGGUAAUAUAGAAAACUAUUUUACCAUGUAUCUGCACCUGAUGUGGGGUACACUUAUAACUUGAUAUAGAUAUGGUACAGAUGGACAAGCUGCAAAGUAAAGCUGUUGUGUCACUUUAUUUCACCGUCUCUGCCAAAUCCUCAUAAAGCAUGGAGGAACAUGGAGACAGAUCAUGAAUUGGAAGCAAACCUUAUAAAUCAAAGGUGUAGUUAUCCAGAGACAUUUUGAACCAGAGAAACAAUUGCAAUUAAAUAGUAAAACAUGAAAUGUGGCAAAAUGGAAUUAUCCAAUUUUCAACAUAUUUUCCAUGUUUUUUCCCCAUCAAAUUGCCUUAUUUUUAAAACCCACAAAAUUCUGGUCUCAUUUUUUUCCUCAGAUUGUGUGACUUUAUGUACAAAUGAAUCAUUUUUAUCAUAUUGCCUUUGAGACAUGUGUCCCACUUUUUUAGAAGGCUAUACUUCCUAAUGUCUUCCAUUGUGUACUGCACAGAGUGUUUCAUGAACUGCAAACUUGUGCCUUGAAGUUAUGCUUUUAACAAAACCUUUCAUCUUAAAAAAGAGUUUGUAUCUUGAAGCUUUGAGAUUAAUGAAAGUUAAAUGAAUAUG